CCAAAAUUUAAUUGAAUAAACAUGGACAAGGAUGCUCAAGAGGAACAAACAAAUCUAGAAGACGAAACACAAUUUUUGAUUUCAGUGGGGGAGACCUUAAACACUGCUGAGAAGAGCAUCCAUAGAUUUAUAAAAGACAUUCCUCAAGCACUGAUUGAUUCUGGAUUAGACAUAGAUUUAGAAAAAUUAAAUAUAGAAGAUGGUCAAAAGAUACAGGAUUUCACUUGUUCAUAUCAGAAAUCGUUUACUGAUCAAAUAAAUAAAGAGGAAAACGAAAAAAUUUCAGCCCUCGAAGUCGAGUGUGAAAAUUUGCGUAGAGAGUUACAACAGAAAGAGGACAAAAAUAAAAAGGCACAAGAAGAAAUAGAAUCCUUGAAAGAACAAAUAGUGAAUCAAAGUACAUACUGUGCAACUUUGGGGGCAGUUUUGGGUAAUUUAACUUGGCGUGCGUCUCGACUUCCGGAAAUAGUCGAUGUCUGGCUAUCCGGGUUUCAGCAUAUGAUAGGCGAAUUUUUAUCAAUAACGGACGGAAGUUUUGUCGCAUUUAUAAACACUUAUCGAAGUGCUUUACCCCCCACUUGUAACAUCGAGUAUCAGUUCAUAAUUGGCUUGUUAGGCAUUGUAACAAAUAUAUCUGCGACACCCGAGGGACGUGAAUUUUUAAUUACCGAUACGAACGGUAAAGCUUUCGUGCAGAAAAUGGUGAAACUCAUGCCUACCUUACCAUUUUCGCAAGGUUCCCUAUCUCUAAAGAGAUUGAUGCUCAUGAUAUUUUAUAAUGUCAGUAUGAAUAAAACUGGCUUGCAGCAUCUUUUCGAAUCACGUGUAGGCGACGUGUUAAAUUAUUAUUUGAAGAACAAUUCGCUUCCGGAUGAAACACAAUUUCUCUGUUUACGCGUGCUGCAAUCGCUGACAUACGAUUUAACCAAUCCCAAAUAUAUCCAGGACUUAAUUACCACCCUGCCGAUCAGCAAAAUAGAAGAUAUCGCGACUUCGAGUGAAAACGAAAUGGGUACGGUCGCGAAACAAGUGAUAAAACAAUUACGAGAAUCGCAGAAGUUUAUCCGUUUAAACUGA